CCCUCCACCCGUCGUCACUUUCUUGGACAUCCGGAUUCUGGAGGGGGAGACGUAGUGACACAAAAUCUGAUUACCUAAUGCGACUUAGUUCCCACCUCCCACCAAGCCCUAGAAUUAUCGCUGUGCGAGGACCCCAUCACAAAACGACGACGUGAGAGAUCAGGCCAGCAAACAGACGUAACUGGGAUCAGCAAAACAAUCGCCAAAAUGUCGAACCCCCGCGUUGAAGAACUUCCCGAUGAGGAGCCCAAGAAGACCACCGUCCAGGAGCACGAGGAUGACUCCAGCGACGACUCCGAGGUCGAGGAGGUCGGCGAGGGCCAGCUCCCCGCUGGUUCUACUGUGAUCCACAACCGCAACGAGAAGAAGGCUCGCAAGGCCCUCGAGAAGCUGCACCUCACCCGUAUCCCUGGCAUCACCCGUGUCACUCUCCGCCGACCCAAGAACAUCCUCUUCGUCAUCAACAACCCCGAGGUCUACAAGUCUCCCAACAGCAACACCUACAUUGUUUUCGGUGAGGCCAAGAUUGAGGAUGUGAACGCCGCUGCUCAACAAGCUGCUGCUGCUCAGCUCGCCUCCGCCAACGCUGAGGACCACUCUGGCCACAACCACGGUGAGCCCAGCAAGGCUGCCGAGACCGCCGAGGAGAAGAAGGACAAGGAGGAGGAGGAGGAGGAGGAGGAGGAUGACGACGAGGAGGUCGACGCUUCCGGACUCGAGGAUAAGGAUAUUGAGCUUGUCAUGACCCAGGCCAACGUCAGCCGCAACAAGGCCGUCAAGGCGUUGAAGGAGAACGACAACGAUAUCGUCAAUUCCAUCAUGGCUCUAAGUAUCUAAGCAUGAGCUUCUGCUGGACGAUCAUCCGAAAAAGCAUGUACAUGGGACGAACAUUGGGCUCUUGUAUUAGUUCUUGGCGAACUGUACCCUGCGGAAUGGAGUUGAUGCCAAAUAACGGAAACAAUUGAAGGGGAAUAACACCCAAAAAUCCGUCAAAGAAUGCUGUUGAUAUUUUGAUCAUGCGUGAUAUUAUAUUCAUGGACCAAUUGUGACUAUCUUGAUCUUCGUUUUAUGAGCGAUGUAUCUCAUGACUACUUAUUCCAGCAAUUGCUAAUUGCUGUCUACAUUUAGUUACCAUAAUCCAAACUGUAG